AUGUCUGCCUCUACCCGAAUCCCCUCCAUCGCACAGCCGUUCGUUAGCGACCGUGCCAAAAAGACGCUUGACUUGGUCGAGCAAUUCGUCGAGAGAGAAUGCAUCCCCGCCGAACCCACCUUCCAGGCCCAGCUGGGUGAGGGCAAGCAGCGGUGGACGACAAACCCCGCCAUCCUGGAGACUCUGAAGACCAAGGCCCGCCAGCUGGGCCUGUGGAACAUGUUCCUGCCCAAGAAACACUUCUCUCAGGGCGCCGGGUUCACCAACCUCGAAUACGGUCUGAUGGCCGAGUACCUGGGAAAGAGCAAGUUGGCGUCAGAGGCGACGAAUAAUGCCGCCCCCGAUACGGGAAACAUGGAAGUGCUGGCCAAAUACGGCAACGAGGCGCAGAAGCAGCAAUGGCUGGCUCCGUUGCUGGACGGUAAGAUUCGCUCCGCAUUCCUCAUGACCGAGCCCGACGUCGCCUCCAGCGAUGCCACCAACAUCGAGUUGAACAUCCGCCGCGAAGGCAAUGAAUACGUCCUGAAUGGUUCGAAAUGGUGGUCCUCCGGCGCCGGUGACCCUCGAUGUAGCGUCUACCUGGUCAUGGGCAAAUCCGACCCGGCCAACCCCGACCCUUACCGACAGCAGUCGGUGAUCCUCGUCUCCGCCGACACCCCCGGCGUCACAGUGCACCGUAUGCUGUCGGUGUACGGGUACGACGACGCGCCGCACGGCCACGGGCACAUCUCGUUCGAGAAUGUGCGCGUCCCCGUCGCCAACAUGGUCCUCGGCGAGGGCCGCGGCUUCGAGAUCAUCCAAGGCCGACUGGGCCCCGGACGUAUUCACCACGCGAUGCGCACGAUCGGCGCGGCCGAAAAGGCCCUGGAGUGGCUGAUCGCGCGCAUCAACGACGACCGCAAGCGGACGUUUGGCCAGAACCUGGCGGCCCACGGCGUCAUUCUGGAGUGGGUUGCGCGGUCGCGCAUCGAGAUCGAUGCUGCGCGCCUCAUCGUGCUGAACGCCGCCAUCAAGAUCGACGAGGGCGAUGCCAAAUCGGCCCUCCUGCAGAUCGCCCAGGCCAAGGUGCUGGUGCCCCAGACCGCGCUGACCGUCAUCGACCGCGCCGUGCAGGCCUACGGCGCCGCCGGUGUCUGCCAGGAUACGCCGCUGGCGAACCUGUGGGCGAUGAUCCGCACGCUGCGUAUCGCUGACGGCCCCGACGAGGUCCAUCUGCAGCAGAUGGGUCGUCGCGAGAACCGCACCCGCAAGGACGCCAUCAUCGAGCGCUUGAACUGGCAGCGGGCAGAAGGGGAGCGGGUGCUGGCGGCGAAUAACCUGGCCAACCCCAACCCUAAGAGCCAUCUGUGA